CCACGGCCAACAUGGAGGAGGACAACGCUGCUGCGGCUCUUGAUAGCAUUGUGACUGAAUUUCAUUCGUAUGAAGAUUUUCUUGAUUCUCAGAUUACCUCUUUGGAUUUAUACUAUUUAGAGGAUGAGGAGCUGGCACGCCACCUGGUGGAGCUGGGAUACAGAGGCAGCGGGGAGGUGCUCAAGAGGGAAGAGUUUGAGACCAGGAAGGCCGCCGCCGAAGCGUCCCGCCUCAACAAGAGGAGCCAGAGACAGACGUUGGCAAGCGCAGGAAAGGAGCUCAAAGAUAACUUCCUGAAGGCACUGGCGGAGCGCGAGGAGGCCAACCGCAGCGCCAGGAUGACUUCCAUCAUCUUCAUCAGGGACCGCAACGCUCAGGGACAGGAAAUCUCGGGCUAUAUAGACUACUCCCACAGACUCAAGUUUGAGGACUUUGAGCCGUACUUCAGCGGAAAGAAGCGCCUGCUGCCAAGAUCAACCGACCUAAGUUUCUAUAACUGGGAGACACAGGUGUCCACCUCAAAUGCUAGCGCCAACUACCAGGUGAUAGCAGAAAACUCCACUGGACUGCUCUUCAAAAACAAACGGGAUCGUAAAAUUCUCAACGUAGACCCCAAGGCUUACCCUGGUGAUAACUCUUCCAGAACACCCCUGCAGUCGGACCUCUACACUCAAGUCGUCAUCUAUGACCACAUCACCCGGAGGAAAACCUAGAGCCAAUGGCCGGCCAGCACUCUGCAAUUAAAACCCUGUUAAACCCA